AAAACCCAUAAGAACAAAAGAAAAAAAAAAGAAGAAGAGCUUGUCAAUUUCAAUGGAUAAGAGUAAUGGUCUGCGAGUGAUUCUUUUCCCUUUGCCAUUACAAGGUUGCAUAAGCCCUAUGCUUCAGCUGGCUAACAUCCUCCACUCAAGAGGUUUCUCCAUCACUGUCGUCCACACUCGCUUCAACGCUCCAAAAGCUUCAAGCCAUCCUCUCUUCACCUUCUUAGAGAUUCCAGAUGGCUUGUCUGAAACUCAGAUCAAAGAUGAUCCUACUUCAAAUGUUCUGUCUUUGGUCGAGCAAAUCAACAUCAACGCUGAGUCUCCGUUUCGUGACUGCUUGCAAAAGCUGCUGGUUCAAGAAUCAGAGAGGGUUAGUUGCUUGAUCGAUGAUUGUGGAUGGCUCUUCACGCAAUCUGUUGCAGAGAGUCUAAAUCUUCCGAGGCUUGUUCUCUCUACUUUCAAAGCCACUUUCUUGAAUGCUUAUCCUAUUUUCCCGCGUAUUCUAACCAAAGGCUAUUUUUCACUUUCAGAUUGGGAAGCAGAGGAUUCUGUUCUUGAGUUCCCUCCACUUCUAAAGAGAGAUCAUUCAUGGCUUUUCAGGGAAGACGGAGAGAAACUCAAUCAAUUCUUUGAUACUGUUGUCAAGAACACGAUGAGAUCUUCAGGUCUAUUAUUCAUGUCGUGCGAAGAGCUGGAGAAAGAUUCUUUGACUCUUGCUAAAGAAACUUUUAUGGUUCCAGUCUUUGCGAUUGGUCCAUUUCACAGCUACUUCUCUGCUUCGUCUAGUAGCCUUUUCAGACAAGACGACACUUGUAUCCAUUGGUUAGAUAAUCAAGAUGAUAAAUCAGUUAUCUACGUGAGUCUAGGAAGCGUUGUGAACAUAACGAAAACAGAGUUCUUGGAGAUUGCUUGGGGUUUAAGCAACAGCAAACAGUGUUUCUUGUGGGUGUUACGACCCGGUUUGGUCCUAGGCGCAGAGUGGAACGAGUUGUUCUCUGAGGGGCUCCUGAGAAGCCUUGAAGAGAAGGGGAAGAUAGUGAAAUGGUCUCCACAAGAGGAGGUUCUUGCGCACCGAGCUGUUGGUGGGUUCUUGACACACAAUGGUUGGAACUCGACGUUAGAGAGUAUAUGCGAAGGGGUUCCAAUGAUCUGUUUGCCUGGAGGUAGCGAUCAAAUGCUGAAUGCAAGAUUUGUGAGCGAUGUCUGGAGGGUUGGGAUUCACUUGGAGGGUAAGAUCGAGAGGAAAGAGAUCGAGAAAGCUGUGAGGAUGUUAAUGGUUGAAAGUGAAGGAAAAAAGAUUCGUGAGAGGAUGAAUGUUAUGAAAGAUGAGGUUGGGAGAUCGGUUAAAAAUGGUGGCUCGUCUUUGAGAUCCAUAGAAACCCUAGUGAAUCAUAUACUAUCACUGUGA